GCUAACUCGCUCUAGUUGCUGUGGUCGGGGCUCGGGACCGGCUGCCAUCUUAGUCGAGGGACUGAGGAGUCGCCGCCGCCCCGAGUCCCGGUAACAUGCAUUUCACAGUGGCCUUUUGGAGACAACGCCUUAACCCAAAGAAGUGACUCAUACUGUGAGAACUUCAGGUUUGCUGACUUGGUGGUAUGUCUAACAGUGGAUCACAACUUGGUUCAAUGGGCAGCCUGACCAUGAAAUCACAACUUCAGAUCACUGUCAUAUCAGCAAAACUUAAAGAAAAUAAAAAGAAUUGGUUUGGACCAAGUCCUUAUGUAGAAGUCACAGUGGAUGGACAGUCAAAGAAGACAGAAAAAUGCAACAAUACCAACAGUCCCAAAUGGAAGCAACCCCUUACAGUGAUUGUCACCCCUGUGAGUAAAUUAAAUUUUCGUGUGUGGAGUCACCAGACGCUGAAAUCUGAUGUUUUGUUGGGAACUGCUGCCUUAGAUAUUUAUGGAACUUUAAAGUCAAACAAUAUGAAACUUGAGGAAGUAGUUGUGACUUUGCAACUUGCAGGUGACAAAGAGCCAACAGAAACAAUAGGAGACUUGUCAAUUUGUCUUGAUGGGCUGCAGUUAGAGUCUGAAGUUGUUACUAAUGGUGAAACUACAUGUUCAGAAAGUGCUUCUCAGAAUGAAGAUGGCUCCAGGCCAAAGGAUGAAACAAGAGUGAACACAAAUGGGUCAGAUGACCCUGAGGAUGCAGGAGCUGGUGAAAAUAGGAGGCUCGAUGGAAAUAAUUCUCCAUCACUCUCAAAUGGAGGUUUUAAACCUUCUAGGCCUCCAAGACCUUCACGACCACCUCCACCCACCCCACGUAGACCAGCAUCUGUCAAUGGUUCACCAUCUGCCACUUCUGAAAGUGAUGGAUCUAGUACGGGCUCUCUGCCACCAACAAAUACAAAUACAAAUACAUCGGAAGGAGCAACAUCCGGAUUAAUAAUUCCUCUUACUAUAUCUGGAGGCUCAGGCCCUAGGCCAUUAAAUCCUGUAACUCAAGCUCCCCUACCACCUGGUUGGGAGCAGAGAGUGGACCAGCACGGGCGAGUUUACUAUGUAGAUCAUGUUGAAAAAAGAACAACGUGGGAUAGACCAGAACCUCUACCUCCUGGCUGGGAACGGCGAGUUGACAACAUGGGACGUAUUUAUUAUGUUGACCAUUUCACAAGAACAACAACGUGGCAGAGGCCAACAUUGGAAUCUGUCCGGAACUAUGAACAGUGGCAGCUACAACGUAGUCAACUUCAAGGAGCAAUGCAGCAGUUUAACCAGAGAUUCAUUUAUGGGAAUCAAGAUUUGUUUGCUACAUCACAAAAUAAAGAAUUUGAUCCUCUUGGCCCUUUGCCACCUGGAUGGGAGAAGAGAACAGACAGCAAUGGCAGAGUAUAUUUUGUCAACCACAACACUCGAAUUACACAGUGGGAAGACCCCAGGAGUCAAGGUCAAUUAAAUGAAAAGCCUUUACCUGAAGGCUGGGAAAUGAGAUUCACAGUGGAUGGAAUUCCUUAUUUUGUGGACCACAAUAGAAGAACCACCACUUAUAUAGAUCCCCGCACAGGAAAAUCUGCCCUAGACAAUGGACCCCAGAUAGCCUAUGUUCGGGACUUCAAGGCAAAGGUUCAGUAUUUCCGGUUCUGGUGUCAGCAACUGGCCAUGCCACAGCACAUAAAGAUUACAGUGACAAGAAAAACAUUAUUUGAGGAUUCCUUUCAACAGAUAAUGAGCUUCAAUCCCCAAGAUCUGCGAAGACGUUUGUGGGUGAUUUUUCCAGGAGAAGAAGGUUUAGAUUAUGGAGGUGUAGCAAGAGAAUGGUUCUUUCUUUUGUCACAUGAAGUCUUGAACCCAAUGUAUUGCCUGUUUGAAUAUGCAGGGAAGGAUAACUACUGCUUGCAGAUAAACCCUGCUUCUUACAUCAAUCCAGAUCACCUGAAAUAUUUUCGUUUUAUAGGCAGGUUUAUUGCCAUGGCUCUGUUCCAUGGGAAAUUUAUAGAUACAGGUUUUUCUUUACCAUUCUAUAAGCGUAUCUUGAACAAACCUGUUGGUCUCAAGGAUUUAGAAUCUAUUGAUCCAGAAUUUUACAAUUCUCUCAUCUGGGUUAAAGAAAAUAACAUUGAGGAAUGUGGUUUGGAAAUGUACUUCUCCGUCGAUAAAGAAAUUCUAGGUGAAAUUAAGAGUCAUGAUUUGAAACCCAAUGGUGGUAAUAUUCUUGUAACAGAAGAAAAUAAAGAGGAAUACAUCAGAAUGGUAGCUGAAUGGAGGUUAUCUCGAGGUGUUGAAGAACAGACACAAGCUUUCUUUGAGGGCUUUAAUGAAAUUCUUCCCCAGCAGUAUUUGCAAUACUUUGAUGCAAAGGAAUUAGAGGUCCUUUUAUGUGGAAUGCAAGAGAUUGAUUUGAACGACUGGCAAAGACAUGCCAUCUACCGUCAUUACACACGGACAAGCAAACAAAUCAUGUGGUUUUGGCAGUUUGUUAAAGAAAUAGAUAAUGAGAAGAGAAUGAGACUUCUGCAGUUUGUAACUGGAACAUGCCGAUUGCCAGUAGGAGGAUUUGCUGAUCUCAUGGGGAGCAAUGGACCACAGAAAUUCUGCAUUGAAAAAGUUGGGAAAGAAAAUUGGUUACCCAGAAGUCAUACCUGCUUUAACCGCCUAGACCUGCCACCAUACAAGAGCUACGAGCAACUGAAGGAAAAGCUGUUGUUUGCCAUUGAAGAAACAGAAGGAUUUGGACAAGAGUAACUUCUGAGAAUUUGCACCAUGAAAGGACAAGAAGUUAUUUGCAAUGUUUGUCCUUUUCCUUCUCUGCCUGUUGCACAUCUAAUUGUAAAAUUGGACUGUGACUGUUUAGAGAGUUAUCUGAGUGUAAGUAAUUUAAUGUUAUCAUUGAGAUUUAUCUCCCAGUGAUUCUGGAUUUCUACUCUCAGUGUUUCCAGAAAUCAGAUCUGCACAUGACUAGUCAAAACCUUACUUAAUACGAGAUUUAACACAGCAAUGAAAUCUGCCUUGUCUUAUUCCACUAGACUAGAUUGUUUCCUUAACAAUUUUGUAUAUGUGUCAAAAGUCUCACUUGGGAGUAGGUUUUUUUCUUUUAGAGAUUCUGCAGAUAUGCAGGGAAGUCCCUUGGUAACUGCAAUAUACAAGAUCUUCCUAUUAAGCCUCUUGGUAAGAGGUAUUAAAGUGCAAGCUCAGCCCAGCUUCUGGGGUUGUGAGCAAACUUCUGGCUUGUGCUCUUCCUCUCAUUUCAGCCUGGCCUGACUGUUGUUUUUCGUUUGUGGAGCAUGAAUCUAUGCACUUCCUAGAAGUGAUGCAAGACUCUUGUAUCUCUCUACAAGGUAGUUUUAUCAAUUUGAAUACAGGGAAGAAUUGGUCCCAGCUUGCGAAUGACUUCAUACCUCUCUUCAUUUGGAAAUGAAACUUUACAAACAGUAUUUACACUGUGGUUCCUUCACUGUUUUUAAAGUUAACCUAGAAUUGGAAUUAAUUUAGAUGAAUUCAUCUAAGGCCAUUGUUGAUGACUUUUCUAUAUUCCUCUACAUAAUUGAAGCUUUGUAAUUUUAUCAUAAUCCAACAAUUUCAGUUAUAUUUAAUUAUUGCUAAGGAGUUCAAUUUGUAACCAGAGUGCUUUCUAGUCCAAACAGAAGUCAGUGAAACAAUUUCUAAAAUCACAUUUUCAUUUGGGAGGGAGAGCUAUAAUACUGGCUAAAAAGAAAAGAAGAUAACAUCUAGUAACCACAGAAAUUUAUUCUCUAUGUGAAUUAAAAGUCUUCAAAUUUAUCAUUUCUUUAACAUAUAUUGUAGUAGUCAUUUCCAUUCUUUACAUUGUCCUGAACUGGAUUGAUAUUCCUCAUCUGAAAUAUUAUUUUCACCCUUAAAAAUUUUAGCAAGUUUUCCAUUUUUUUCUCAAGACUAUUUAAUUUUAGACUGCUCCAAUAGUAACUGAUUAAUGCACUUUGAAUUUUUCUAUAGUAAAUUCUUUUCACUUGGCCUAGCUUAGACUUUCAAGAUGGCUGCUGUCAUACAUUUGACUUUAUGGGCAGUGAAUGAAGCCCAAGCCAGCUGAGUCUCUAUUAUAGGUGAACCUGAGGACAACCUCAAAACUCACAUAACAGGGGCUUUGCCAUGUUUCAGUAGCAUAGCAUGAACAAGCAACAUUAAGCCAAGAAUAAGCAGAAAGUAGCAGACCCCUGUUCCCUUAUGGAAAGAAAAUGGUUUUUCUCCCUAACUGCUCUUCUAUAUUUACAUCCUGGAACAAUAAAAACAUUUUUUUUAAACUUGUGUAUCUGUACUCUAAGACACUGCCAUCAUAAAGCAGAGACUUAUGUGAAUGAAAAGAUUGCCUCAUCAAGAAAUUGUCAGGGUUAAAGGGGGAGAUUACAUUCUCUUCAACCCUAUAUUUGUUUUUUAUUUCACAUGCCCCAGGAAAUGUGUGGUCUCAAAAGCCCUAGUUGUUUCCAAAGUAGGGACUCUGCCUUUUUGUUGGUAGGGGGAAAAAUGCUAUUGCUUUGUCUUACAGAGCGAAUGUUUGCCAACUGUCCAUUCAUUAUAUAAAUCUGAACUUUGGUAAUAUAGGCUAUGAAGAUUAAGCCUUCUAUAAAGACUUCCUAUUGAGGUGAAUUCUCAUACUGAAACAUAGUUACAUACAAUAAUUACUAGAGAUUUAUGAGAUUAAAUUAAGAGAUAAUGUAAGAAAAUAGACUUUUUUGGUUCUACAUAAUGCUUCAUAAUUCAUUUAGGGACCUAGAAAUAUUGUGUGAAAAUGUAUAAAUAUCACCCAAAAGGCUUUCUGCCCUAUAUUUUUAAAAUACAGAAUAGUUAUAUUUGAAGUAGUCCUGGCCCUAGUUCUAUAGGGCUUGGCUAUUUAAUAUUUUUAUGAAAGAAAUGUUUAGUUCUCGAAAAGGUAAAUGCUUGUAUAUAUUUUUGCAGCCUGGGAUCUCCCUACUCCAUUUCUUCCUUUAAUUUAAAUGGCCACAUGUAUAUGUCUUCCCUGCUGUGUUAGAAAAAUGGGGGCUGGAUAUCCCAAGAAUCAGAGGUUAUAUAAAAAUAUUGCAGAUAGACAGCAGACAUAAAUAUCUAUCAGAUGUUAUCUUAAAUUUUGGUCCAAACUGACUAUUUGGAAAUAGAUUUAUUGUGUUUAAUUAGAGCUUUUUUAACUAAAUUGCUUUUAGAAUCCUUUUCCUUGUAAGCAUUGUAAAUGCUAAUAAAUCCUGUUAAUUUUUUUUUUUACUGCAUGUUACGUUGAAAUAAAAACAAAAUGAGCAAUUGA